AUGUCGUCGUCGACUAUUCCAAAUAUUGUAUUAGAAGCAAACAAUUUAAAUUACAUUGCGAUGAUGUUUAUUCGAUGUUUUUGUUUUGUAGUUAUACCUCUUGGUACUGUGGGACAUUUAAUGAGUAUUUAUGUAUUUACUCGUCCUACAUUACGAUCAAAUUCUUGUAGUAUGUAUUUUUUGGCAGCUAGUAUUGUUGGAUUAAUGCAUACAUGUUAUAUUUUACCUAUGAGAAUGAUUCAAUCUGCUUUUAUUGACACAGAUCCAGGAGCACAUUCAGUCAUAUUUUGCAAAAUAACAUGGCUUGCAUUAAAUUCAUUGAGAGGAUUGGGUUUUUGGUUAAUUGUUUUAGCAUGUGGUGAUCGGUAUCUAUGCAGUUCUGCAUCAACAAAUAAAAGAGCAUUGAGUAGUGUACAUGUAGCUCGUCGACUUAUUCCAGUUACUAUUCUUAUUGGCUUUAUUGCUUAUAUUCAUGUGCCUAUUUUUUUCAAAAUUGAUAUUAUACCAGCAACGCAAAAACCUAUUUGCUAUCCUCCAGGUCCUCCCGGAACUUAUCGUAUAGUUUUAUCUUAUUUUCACUUAAUUUAUUUUGGCUUAUCUCCAUCAUUUUGUAUGCUUAUAUUUGGUAUGCUGACAUUACGAAAUAUUGAACGAUCUAAACGACUUGCUAUGGCACCUUCAAUUAAUUUAGAAACAGCUGCUAAUCAAAAUCUUCGAAAGACCAAUCGGCAUAUGCUUCGAAUGUUAUUUGUUCAAGUAUUGGUUUAUUGUAUAACAGGAUUAACAUUUUCUGUUGCAUUAAUUUAUACAGCAAUAAUUGCUAAUCAACAAAAAAAUGUUUUUCAAUCAGCUCAAGAAAAUAUGAUCAAUGCGGUUGUUGGAAUGCUUUCAACGACGGGUCCUUGUUUAAGAUACAAUAUUACUAUUGGUCGUCGUGUUUGGCUUCGUUCAUCUUGUACAGCUAUAUACGUCGAUAACACAUGGUAUUCAUCCGAUGAUAAUACACUACCAUUAACUGGCAUUAGUUAUACAAGUGGUUUUGAUCCAAAUCUCGGUGAUUAUCGAGAUUUUCAAUUAAGCUAUGAUCUUGUUCGCGACGGAAUACAUACGACAAUCGUUGGUCACAUACGCGAUUGGUAUGGUGCUUCAGGAAUUUCGUUUCAUUUAGAUACUGGUGAUCAAAUUAUGACGAACAUCGUCCCUCUUGACAUGGAUCAUGUUCGUACAGUUUUUCCAUCGUUUUGUAUUGAACAAAUGGAUCAAAAUGAUCAACGAGGUUAUUUUACAUUCGAAGAAGAAAUGUCAGGCGAUGAUGGUAAACAUGCAGGUUGGUGGAAUUCAUCCAGUAAAGUCAUUCGAUCAGGAAUACAAGGUGGCCAUGUUGUUCUUUUUAAUUUAACUCAACAAGGAGAAGGUGAUAUAUUAGUUCUUUCAUCAUUUUCUCAAUUUAUGGCUACCUCAUUAAGUCAAACGAAUAACAACAUAUUAGAAUUUGGUGUGAUCGGCUCAAUGCUAUCAAUAUCAGCUAAUUAUAUUCAUGCCAUGAUGGUUUUUUUAUGCAUCAAAUGUAAGAAAGCAUUACCAAUUGGUAAUGAUUCAUUUUGGAUUGAUUUAUUUACUCAAGCACAUUAUUGGGGUCUUAUUCUUUAUGAACAAGAUUGGCUUGAUCGGCAAACAAUUGAUUUUUUACCAACACGGACUGAUAUUAAUCUCGGACGUCAAUGGCUAAUAUCGAUGGGUGAAGCAGCAGACAAAAUUGGACUAAAUAUACAGUAUUGUAUGAGUUUACCACGUCAUAUUCUCAGCGCUUUACAAAUUCCACGCGUGACUCAAGCACGAACAUCACCGGAUUAUGCUGUUCAUCUUGAUGGUAAAGGACAACAAUGGACUAUAGGAAUAUCAAGCAUGUUUGCUGAUGCUAAUGGUUUAGCACCAUUCAGAGAUGUGUUCUGGUCUACCUCAUUACAACCCGGAUCGCCUUAUAAACCAAAUGCUGAAGAAGUACUUUCAGAACGAGAAAUACUUAUUGCGACUUUGUCCACAAGACCUGUCAGUCCUGGAGAUGCUAUUAAUUAUACCAAUGCACAACAUAUCAUGAAAUGUUGUCGUGAAGAUGGUUUGAUUUUGAAACCAGAUAGACCAUUGACCAUGAUUAAUAGAUUAGUAUCGGACUGGGCUUUUCAUGAUGGUGUAUCACAGGGUGAACUUUAUUCUACAAGAACAAAUAUGUAA